AUGUUCGAAAAUUUAAAAUACGUAAAAUUCAGUUCAUCAUCUGAUAAUCAGCAAUUAGCAUUUGAUGAUUCAUCUUCAAUUGUAUUUUAUUCGAAUCUAUUAAAAUUAAAUGUUACUGUAAAUUCUAUCAACGACUGUAUUCUUUUACUUGAUGAUCAUUUCAAGCAACUUCAUACAUUUUAUGUAACAAUUUCUUCUUCUAAUUAUGGUUUAUCUUCAGAAGAAAAUAAUAAAAAAUUGAUCAAUUUAAAAUACUUUUCAUUUACUCAAAAAUUGAACUUAUUGUGCUGUAAUGAAGUUCUUAUUCCACUUUUACAAAGAAUGUCAAAUUUGGAAGAACUUUGUUUGAAUUUUGUCAAUAGUUAUGGACCAAUAAUUGAUAGUGGUAAUUUGAAAGAAAAUAUUCUUAAUCAUAUGAGAAAAUUAAACAAAUUUACAUUUAAUAUACGUUCAAUUAAUGCUCUCACUGAACUAGGUCAUUUACCAUUAGAUAAAGAUAUUCAAAGUACAUUUUGGAAUUUUAAAAAUAAAGAAAUUAUUUCAUAUAUUGAUUAUUUUGAAAAAUCAGCAUUAUUUAAUUAUCAUAUUUAUUCAUAUCCAUAUAGAUGGACUUGCUAUGAUAAUAUAACGAAUAAUUUUCCUGGUGGAAUAUUUCGAUGUGUUCGUGAAAUAUCAUUAUAUGAUGAACAUCCAUUUGAACAUGUAAUUUUUUCUCCGAAUUGCUCAAUCAUUUCCAUUCAUCGAAAAAUGACGUCUAAAUAA